UGUGGUUGUCCUGCCUCGCCCCUCUUCAAAUAUACCGGUCGCGGUGAUCAUCUCUGAUGAAAUACGCCUCCGCCGUUGAAAAAUCCAAAUCGACUAGUGAAGGGUUGCUGAAAAAUGCAAAUCGGGGAGAGAGAGAGAGAGAGAGAUGACCGGUGGUUUGGGAAAUAGAAGGUUGACGGUGGUGGGUUCGAUAUACAAGUUUUGAGUGCGUUCGUCCCCUUCUAAUUUCGCGGAGUGCCGGACAAGUUUUUUUCGUCCUGUAAACGCGCGGGAAAACCCCCGUCGAUGAAUAAGAAACUGAAGGCGCCAAUGGACUUCGGAGGAGUUGAGAAGUCUCGGCGUCGGUGCAAUCAAGACGGUGAGUGGAAGGCUUGAAGAACAUACUUACGGAUCACCAUUUCGGUCGUUGCCUCGCUAUUCGAUCUAGUCUCAAGGUCUAUCAUGUCUGCGCAUAACAUGGAUCUAUGGUUACAAAGUUGUGAUAAGAGAUCCCUAUAUCCCUCCUCUCACAGCCACCACCAGCAACUUGAGUUGUGCAUCUUAUUCCAUGUUAUGAUCACUUUAAAGUACAAGCACUAUGCAGUUGGAUAACUGCUACAAGAUCAAGAAUGCAUCCGUGGUACUGAAACAUGCAGACAGGAGGAUGCUAGGGCAAAUAAUCUUGUUACUGCAAUAUGAAAAAAAAGGCUGAAGAGGUUCUGGGUCACUUGUUGCUACAGAAACAUCGGACGAUGCCACAUUAUGUGCUGUCUAUGCGGUUGCUGUGGCUGAAAAACUUGGCAGAUGAUGCAGCUGAAGCUUGUGAAGAGGCAGGUAGGCUUGCAGAGAACAUAGAAAAGAGCAUGGCAAUGCUAAAGUUGGCUGAAGAUCCCCAUGAACAAUGUGGAUUACCUUACCCCAUUAUAAACGAAUUGUUCAGAGGUGGAUGGUUAUGCUGUCUCCAUAAAAGUGUUGUUUGGCAAAUAAGGUACCCUCUCCCUUUCAAUCUCUAUAGAUUCUAUAAACGGAGACGACCGGCGGCCAAAAGAAAAAACCCUAUUGAGUAAAUGGCAAAACAAAAGCAGAAGUGGACGACUGAGGAAGAGUAUGCGUUGUGUGCCGGUGUCGAAAAGCAUGGCCAUGGCAAGUGGAAAGUCAUUCUCUCCGAUCCCGAAUUUGCUUCUUCUCUGGCUAAUCGCUCGAACAUCGAUCUCAAGGACAAAUGGCGUAACCUGGGAUCAAGUGGUGGCAUGCCAAGCAGCAGAGAGAAAGUUAGACCUCCUAGGUUAGAAGGAGUUGGUAUUAACUCGCUCUUGAGUUCUCCGGAACCUUUAUCUGCUGUUCCUCUCCUUGAGUAUGGUGAUAUGGCUGAGCCAUCCAGAAGCUCAGUGGAUAGGAGAACAGUUCCAGAGUACGAGGCAAUGAUCUUUGAGGCUCUUUUCAACAUUGAUGAUCCGAAUGGGCCUGAUGCUAAUAAAAUUAUGGACUUUAUUGAGCUAAGGUAUGAGGUACCCCAAAAUUUUAGAAGAUCAGUAACUUCAAAGCUUAGAAGACUUGUGUUGACAGGAGAACUCGAGAAGGUGGAUAACUGCUACAAGUUCAAGAAUGCAUUUUGUGGUGCUGAACCAUCCCAACUGGAGGAUGUUAGAAUGAAUAAUCCCGACAACCGCAAUGGGGAACAACAGGCACCAGAGGGUUCUCUGACACCCCUUGCUACAGACAACACACCAGAGGAUUCUCUGACUCCCCUUGCUACAGAAAAGGCGCCAGAGGAUUCUCCGACGCCCCUUGCUACAGAAAACACACCAGAAGAUUCUCCUACGCCCCUUGCUACAGAAAACGCACCAGAGGAUUCUCCUACGCCCCUUGCAAUAGAAAAUGCACCAAUGAAUUCACCAACACCCGUUGCUACUGCACAAGAGCGUGCUCCGCCCCCCAUUCCUACAGAAACAUUAGAAGAUGCUGCGCUAUAUGCUGUCUAUGCGGUUGCUGUGGCUGAAAACGUUGAACAGGAGGCAGCCGAUGCUUGUAAAAAGGCAGAAUUGCUUGCAGAGGCUUUGGAAGAGAGUACGGCAACGCUAAUGCUGAUCGAGGAGCUCCAUAAACAAUGGAGUGAGCUCCAUUAA